AUGCAAAAACUCGUUUUACGCAUUUUGGGCCGUUUUUCUCGAAAAACCUUCAUUCGAAGUGCCUGGAAAAAUUUGAACAGUCUAAGUGAACACGAUGAACUAGUUGACGCUCUGGAAGCUCUCAUAUCAAUGUCUCAUGAAGAAAACGAAUUCAUUGAACUUAUCACCGUCAUUGCUGACGUUCUUUCGGAGGCACCUAUGGCCUCGGCUUUUUUAUGUCAUAUUAUUGAAACAUGGCAAAAUUUAGUAUUUAAACAUAUAAUUUUAGGUCGAACUAAACCAAAGAAGCGUAUACGAGUUAAUGUCUCUAUCAUUUGGAGUGUCCUUGCUGAGAAAUUGGCAGGAGUGCGAUUGUUUGCCCUAAUCGCACUAGAAAAAUUUGGCAUGACAGGGCAAAAUAAGCAAAAAAUUCUCUCGGCCGAAAAAGAUAUUUAUAAAAUUUUGCAAGUACUAUCAAAAGAAUUGCAUUCAGAUGAAAAUUCAAUAAAUGAAGUUUAUCGAGAUAUUGUGGGUGUAUACAUGGAUAUUAACCUUGGUUGUGUUCGUUUCUAUCUCAAUGGCAAAGAUUUGGGAAUGGUACAUCCCCUCAACAUUGCACAAUUUCGGAAAUUGGCUGAAAGUGGACUGCAUCCUGCCUUAUCAUUUACCUCAUAUCAACAAGCUGUUGUCAAUUUUGGAGCCGAAAAAUUUCGGUAA